AUGGCCGCUAGGAGGAAGGGCCCCGUCUUCCGCGUCACAGGCCUGCCAGCCUCGCAGCCCGACGACGAGCUGGCUACGUGGCUGAAGGCUGCCAUCGACAACCUAGCAGAGGAUGAGCAAUCGAAGCCAACUUUUCACGCGGCUAUUGUGCGCUCUUGCUACGACAAUAAGGAAAAAGUUGCGCUGGUCGAGUUCCACGGCGGAGUGCCUGCAUUCCUGUCCGACCUGAAGGACAACCCGCUGGGCGACUGGCAGGUUGAGACGGGCGACGAGGACAUCAACUUCGACCAGCACUUUUUCGGGUUCACGCAGCUGUACACGCCAAAGGCAGACUCGCCAGUCACUGCCGAUAUUAUCGCUAUCACGGGCCUUGACGGACACGCAUACGGCUCAUGGAGGGGAAAGGGAAACCUUGGGCGCAUGUGGCUGCGCGACUUCGUGUCCAAGGACCUGCCACACUGCCGCACAAUGAUCUACGGCUACAACUCGAAGCUGUCGAGCUAUGGGAUUAACACAAUUAUGGACUACAGCCGGGAACUAAUGGAGGAGCUUAAGAAGGUUAGGAACACAGAGGAGGUAGGCCUAUAG